AUGGUUACACGAAGCUGGUCUUCCACGAUGUUGUGGAUUGUUUUCCUUCUAGGAGCCGUGGCUUCUCCUACCUCAGAUCCCUAUGAACCACUCUCCAUAACCGUAUGGGAGAGCACCGGAUGUACAGGCACUAACGUUAUAACAACCUUUGACCCCUUGAGACAACCUUACGGCCAGGACACACAAACGCCCCUGGUAGGUCGGAGCAUGAAACUAUCGCGUCCAUUGUCCAAGCACGAGCAGCUGGAUAUUUCAUCUACUGAUAGCAUGGGCUACUGGGAAUCUCACCCCGAGUACCGGGUGACUUCGUGUUAUAUCUUCCUGCGCAGUUACUUCGCGUCUGAUAAGAUGACCGAGUGUGUUGAUACUCUAGGGUUCAUGUGCCUGCGACUCUGGCACAAUGAUGGUCUUGAAUAG